CCAGAAACAGCCAUCAAGGUCUUCAGGUUGAAGACAAUGAUCCCCCAGAACCUGCUUAUAUCAGGUUGGUUGGAGGAGCCACGCGAUGUGCUGGUGGACUGCAAAUGAAUCUCCACAAUGACUGGAAACCAGUGGAUGACUUUUUGUUUGGCUGGAGCCUGAGGACAGCAGAUGUAGUGUGUAGAGCGUUGAACUGUGGAUCUGCUCUUUCAGCAAAAAUCAAAAACAGUUACGUAGCAAGACAUGUAUGGAAAAUAAAAGCUUCUCAUGUUCAGUCUGGAUCUGCACUGAAAUACUAUGAACCAGUGAAGCCCCAGUAUUCCUCUACUGCCUUGGAGAUCACCUGCUCAGAGUCUGUCAGGCUGGUGAAUGGAACCACUCUGUGUUCAGGCAGAGUGGAGCUCAAAGCUGAACAGUCAUGGUCCUCAGUCUGUGAAGGUGAUUUUGACUGGCAGGAUGCAGAGGUGGUAUGUAGAGAGCUUGGCUGCGGGGCCCCUUUAAAACUCCAGAAGGAACGCUAUGAAAAUAUGAGCGCUCUUGAGUUGACAAAAGAGUUCGAGUGCAGAGGAAAUGAGUCCACUCUCCUGGACUGUGAAAGCUACGAGUCCACUAGAAACACCUGCUCACCUGUGAGGCUCAACUGCUCAGAGCCUGAUAAUGUCCGGUUGGUGGGUGGAGGCAGUCGCUGCGCUGGAAGACUGGAAAUGAAACUUCAUGAUGAUUGGAAACCAUUGGAUGGCUUGGAGGUGAACCUGGAGUCAGCAGCUUUAGUGUGUAGAAAACUGAAAUGUGGUUUAGCCGUUUCAGCUGCAAUGAAGUCUUCUGUCCUGACACAAGCGUGGGGGAUCGAUUCCUCCAGAGUUCAGUCUGGAUCUGUGCUAAGGGAGGACGUAUCAACAAGGCCCUGGCACUCUUUAACCUACCUGGAGAUCAGCUGCUCAGAUCUGCUGUUCCAGCCGAUGAUCUCCAUCACUCCCUCCACCGAUGUGGUUAAUGAGUUCUCCAACUUCACCAUCAGCUGCUCCAUUAAACCACAGUACCCAGGAGGCUCUUUCCAGCUCACCUUCACCACCUCCAGCACAAAACACAGCUACACCCAGCAGGCUGUAAAUCACACAGCCUACUUCCUGUUUCCUGCUGCAAACCAUAGCCACCAAGGGAGCUACAGCUGUGUUUAUCACAUCUAUGUUAGCUCUCAGAAAUUCUCCUCAGAGAGCCGGCCACUUCAUCUCAGUAUCUUAGCCUCUCCAAUAGUUUUCUUCACAAGACUUGCGGGCCUGCUGCUGACUUUGAUAUUGUGCAUAUCUGCCAUUUAUUACAGCAAUAAGGCUGCCAUGUCUAUCCAGGCUGGGGGGCAGGAACCAGCAGGCUAACAGAAUGCUGAGCUUGAAUAUUAUAACCUUGGUGUUUCCAGAGUUGAAGGUGGGCCAAAUGAAGAGGCUGAAGACGAGGGAACAGAUCUCUGAGGAGCUAAUCUUGUGUUCAGCUGGAGCAUGCAACUGUUUAUUUAAUCUUAAUCAAAGCUAUUAUAGAAAAAGCAUGUAUUUAAGUUUACAUAUGUAAGAGACCAGCUUCUGUUCACACCUGAGUCACUAGCGGCGUUUAAAAAUGUACUCUGCUUCAUUACUUACCAUAAAAAAGAUUUUAGA